ACAGGCCAACGAUCAAUUUUUUGAAGGCAUGAAAAGCAAAACACGGCUCUGGAGUGGACACGUAUUGUAGUUUGUUCACCAUGCGGCUUCGAUCGAGCGGCAGGAAGGAGCAGAGGGAUCCCACAGCCCUUCCUUGCGGCUCAGACUUAAUCCGCUGCGACCCACAUUUUUCCUAUAGCCUUUCCAAAGUGAAAAGACGACUCAUUGCCCGGGCACUUCUCAUACGGGUCGCGAUGAUCCUG